AUGCCAACCAGAAAGGAUCUUUAUCACAAUUCAGAUGUGUUCUCAGAUCAUGCAAAACCAGUCUAUGUCAAGCAAUUGAACGAUAAACUCUUAGUGUCGUUAUCUUACGUUGAUCAAAAACCAAAUCAAACCACUGAUCAAAAUAUUCAGGAAUGUUUAAUUAGUUUCCAUAAUAUUCUGACCAGUAAUUUAGUGAUCAACCCUACUGCUACUGAAGAAAGUACAGUAGAUACUGAGAGACUUACUCCCGCUACCUCCACUAAUGGAAAUCCUUCUUGGUUUGGUGGUUUUUUCAGACAAAGUCUUGAAUCAACCGUGUCAAAUACUACCACUUUAUUAAAUAAUACCCCAACUGAUGAUAUUAAAAUCUUCUUAGGAAACAUCCAAUUGGUGGGAUAUCUUGUAUUGAACUAUAAACUAUCAGUUGGAACCCCUGGGGCAGUUACCAUUGAUCUUGGAGGUGGUCCUAAAACCGCUAAUUGGUGGAAUAAUAAAGAAUAUGUUGAUAUUUAUCAAACUGAAAUUGAUGAUGCAUUUGAAAAUGAAGAUGAAAGAGAAUAUAAAUUAGAUUCAAUUCCUUUUAUUCGACAGAAUUUAAAAAAGAAAUUAAUCCUUGGUGGGAAAAUAGGUGGUAUUAAUGAUUUAGUAGUAAAGAAUAAUGAUCUUUUUAUUGAUGAAAAUAAUAAAUAUCUUGUUCACGAUUUAUUAUAUAAUUUUAAUACUCAUUUACCACCGAAAUUUAAUGAUUCUGAAAAUAAAGAUAUAUAUAAAAUACCUGCUAAAGAAUUAUCCGAUCCAAUUGUUCCAUUCUAUUCCACAUCGCAAGCAUUAUUAUUUACUGAUUUAACAAUCCAUCCUUCAAGUACAAGAACUUUUCAUAUAAAAUUCCCUCAAAAUAAUACUUUACCACCUUCUUAUAAUACAAGACUGACAGGUCCAACUUGUGAUCAAGGUUGGUUAAGUAUAAAGUAUUCUUUGGUAGUUACAUUACUGGAACAACAACAAUUAAUCCCAAAAUCAAUUUAUUUCCCCAUGGAAGUUAAAGGUGAAAGAAUAGGUAAUAAUGAAAGGUGGAAUCAACAUAAUUUCUUUCAAAAUAUAACGGUUGAUAAAAGUUGGAAGAUUAAUAUCAUUGAAUCUAAUGAUUCAAAAGAUUAUAAAAAUGGUGAUCAUAAAUCAAUUGAAACAAGAGAAGUUUUCUUAGAAGAUUUAUCAAAAUUAAUUGAAUCAGAUUUAUAUAAUAUGCCAAAGAUUUCAACCAAUGAAAGAAAGAAAAGUAUUCCAACUAUAUAUGAAAAUGAUACUGAUUCAGGUUUAAUACCUCAAUUACCCCUGCAUUUAAAGACUCAAUUUCAAUUACGAGUCAAUAAUUAUCAAUUAUGUUUAAUCAGUCUUUCAAGACCUUAUUAUCAUAUUGGAGAUGAUAUUAAUUUCGUCUUGAAUGUAAAUCCAAUUGAAAAUAGUCGAACUACAAAAGUAGCAGGACUUGUGGUUUAUUUAGAAGCGCAUGAGGUUUUCCAUUGCAGAGAAGCAAAUAGUGCUAGAGAAGAAGAUACUGAAAAACUAAAAGAUGUUGUCAAUGCAUAUAGAGUAACUGGAAGUUUAAAAUUCAAUACCCUUUCAACUUCAUUGUUUAAUACGAUAAUUCCUAAUGGAGAUCAAAAAUCAGCUCCUAUAAAUGGUUCAAUUAAUGUUCCAAGAUAUUUAUCACAACAAUUCCAAAGUUCAACAUUAAUGGAUUUAAAAUAUUAUAUUGUAUUCAAAUUCAAUUUAGCUGAAUUUGGUAAUAGUAGUGAUGAACCACCUCAAGUUGAAUUAGAAGAACAACCAGAGCAAACAUUAGAAUAUGAAGGAGACGAACUGCAGAUACCACCAUCCAAUGGAGUUGAACAUGAAAGACAAGAGCAUUUAUUAAACAAUGGUGAUGAAGAUAUUUCCCCACCUUCCAUAGACAAUAUCUUUGAAACAGUUGAACGAUAUAGAGUUGACACCAUGGGCUCAGAAUUAAGAUUUAGACUCCCACUUAUUCUAUUACCUUAA